AUGGCUCCCCCUCCGUCGGCUGAUUUGCCGGUCCAACAGCGCCUCCUCCAGCUCGCCCAGACGCUGCAAUUCGGCUGGUUCGCUGGCCAUGCCGUCCUGAUCCUCUGCACGAUCCGCUACGGCUUCUCGUGGAUCCGCCUCAACUAUUACUCGGGCAUGGCGCAGUUCUCCUACCGCACCGCCUUUGUCGCCGCCGCCGUCACCUACGGCAUCGUCGUCUACAAGACCUGGAGGGCGCGUGCUCGCUCCGGCGCCAGGAACCUCCAGAACCCCAUCACCAUCCUCAGCGACGAGAACGUCCAGUACCUUGGCAUGGCCCUCGUCUGGCUCUUCGCCCCUCAGUACCCCCUGGCGCUUCUGCCCUACACCAUCUACUCCAUCUUCCACGUUGCCACGUACUCGCGCGCCAACCUGAUCCCCACCAUCUCGCCCUCCAAGCCUGCGCCCGCCGCCACCGGCGACUCGCCCGCCGCUGCCAAGCCGCAGACGAACGCCGUUGCCGACAAGAUCGGCGCCUUUGUGAAGCAGUACUACGACUUUUCCAUGUCCAUCGUCGGCAAGCUCGAGCUCGCCCUGUGGUUCCGCGUCCUGCUCUCGGCCAUUCUCUUCCAGCGCCGCUCGUGGAUCCUGAUUGUCAUCUACACGGCGUUCCUGCGCGCGCGCUUCGCCCAGAGCUCGCACAUCCAGAACAGCGUCAGCGAGCUCGAGGCCCGCGUCGACUCGGCCGUCGGCAACCAGGGCACUCCUCCCCAGGCUCGCCAGGUCUGGGAGGCCGUCAAGAACGGCGUCCGCCAGUUCUACAAUCUCACGGACGCCAACCGCUACCUCAGCGGUGCCGCGGCGCCCAAGAAGACGUCCUAG